AUGGACCUCAAUGCCCCCAUCAUGACACAGGAUGGAAGGCCGGAGCGGAAGCCCGGGAGCGAGAGGACUUAUGGGUCGGAGGGAAAGAAACGAGACCGUCCCUUUAAGGGGGCGGAGCCACGGGAACGGCGGCGGCUUCGAAUGCGGCCUAGGGCGCUGGUGUCCGCUUUGGGGCCCCCUUCGCCCCCAGCCUGCCCGGCCUCGAAGGCGUCUCUCUCUGGCCUCCCCCGGGACACCGCUGCAGGAACCGAACCACCUCCCGGGGUCCCCGCUGCAUGCAGUCUGCAGAAGCUCUUUACUGUGGGAGAGGAGUUUGAAGAUGAGGAUUUCCUAUCAGCCGUGGAGGACGCAGAGAGCCAUUGUGCUGGCCCGUGGCCUGUGAGAGCUGCGUGCCUGCAACCUGGCCCCUCCAAGCCCCAGGACAAUGUGCCGGGGUGGGCCCCUGGGCAUCCACUGUCUUCUCCACCUGCACCGUCAGAGGCUUCAGGCCUGCCAGCCUUGAAUCUCCGCCUUCCAGUGCACAGUCUGUCCAGGGAACGGUCUUCUGUAGGGACAGAUGAUCGCUGUCCCGAGUCUCCUUCCUACCAUCAAAGAAGAGUUGCACUUUCCGGAGUGGGAACCCCAUCCUCAGCCUCCUGUCCUGGUGUUGUCCUUGAGCACCAACAGCAGGGUAUUGGUGACUUCGAGGACCCAGAGCAAGAUGAAUUUGAUAAGGUCCUGGCAGACAUGGAGCUGGAAGGGCCUGGCCUGGAGCCGGAACUUGGCCUCUACAGGGGGGCCCCAAGAACUCUGCCCUCCUGGCCAAAGGAGGACUCACAGUUGGCUUUUAAAAAGGCCCAGGAUGCUGAGCUGAGCCAGUCUGGUGUAAAGGGGCCCGGGCCUGCUGCUCACAUACUGGGCAUCAUCUCAGCCCAGGAUGGGCCCUCAGUUCCUCAUGUCUCUGGGCAGAUGCUUCAGCCCUGCUGGAGUCCUCGUACUACGGGUGCUCCAAAUGCUUCAGCGGUUCCUACUCAGCUUGCCUGCCAGAAAGCCUGGCCCCAAGGGUCCUCUUCCCAGACCCCUCAUCCUCUGCUCCUUCGGAGCAGCUCUCGGAGUCACCUCCCCAGUCAGCCUUGCCCUUCUCCCAAGAUGGGUGUCAGCAGCAAACCUCGCUUUUCCAGACUGCCAACUCCUAGCACUGCCCUCUCAUCUCCCUCUACACUUGGCCCUGGCUCAUUUCCUCGGCAGCCCUUCCCACUUCGUGCUCCCAUGUCUUGUGGUGAGUCUCCUUUCGGGACCCCAAAGGGUCCCCAAGCCGCUCUGCAGACUCCCAUAGUCACUAACCGCCUGGUCCAGUUGGUCAGCGCCGCCAGUCGGACUCCACAGCUGUCGCCCUGCCCUGGCCCCCACACCAAAGCCCGCCGCUUCCCUGGCCCCGCUGGUGUUCUGCCCCACCAGCACAGUGGGAGAAAUCUGGAAGAAAUCAUGGUCUCUACACCCCAAACCCCGACUCACGGGGCUCUGGCUAAACUCCGGACCAAGGUGGUUACCAGUUCUCAGCUGUCAGUGGAAGAGGAAUUUGGGCAAGGUCCCUGGCUAACCAUGAAAUCGGCUCUGGGCCUGAAUGAGAGCGACCCCGCCUGCUUCCUCUGUGCCUAUAGCAUUGUCAUGGUGCUACGGAAGGCAGCUCUGAGACAGCUCCCCAGGAACAAGGUCCCCAGGAUGGCUGUGAUGAUCAAGUCCCUGUCCCGGAGCGCGAUGGACGCUAGCGCCGUGUUCAGGGACCCCACUGGGGAGAUGCAGGGCACGGUGCAUCGGCUGCUGCUCGAGUCCCACCAUGGCGAGCUGAAGCCAGGCGCAGUACUGCUGCUCAAACAGGUUGGCGUGUUUUCUCCAUCGCUCCGGAACCACUACCUCAACGUGACACCCAGCAACCUGGUCCGCAUCUACUGCUCCGAUGCCAGGGACGGGGGCUUCGCUGCGGAUCCAGCAAACUCCCAAGAUGGCCUGCUGGAGGACGAGAUGGAGAGAUCUGAUAAAGGCUACAACCUAGCCCAGACCCCACAGACAGAGGUACCCCCUGAGGAAGAGCUCCCAGAAGCAGAUGACUUGGACGGACUCCUGAGCGAACUCCCAGAGGACUUCUUCUGUGGGACCAGUACUUGGGGCCCCUCAAAGGCCGGAAAGCCACCAUAAACAAAACAGCAGCCUCGAAGUAGCCCUUGAAUCGCAGCCAGGAGCCAGGGAAGAGCAACAACCCAGGAGGACUGUGCAGGCUCUUGAUCAUUGCCCAGGUGCCUGCCCCUAGUCCCCCUACCCCACUGUCGUCACUUUAACUUCUUUUGGCACAAUUGA